AUGUCGCUUAAACCUAUUAUUUUACAACAAUUCUGUUUUGUAUAUAAAUUAAUUAUUCAACAUGAUUCGAUAAGUUUUUUAGAGGAAAAUAUUAGUGAAUUCGUAAGAAAAAAGCGUUCCUCUCAGGAAGAAUUAAUUAAUUUAAUUAGUGAUAUAGCGAAGGAAUAUAUCAAUAAUAAUGAACAUAACAGUUUUGUUGAGCUGGAGAAAUUAAAAACUGUUUAUCAUAAUUUAUCAUGCCUAGAAAAUAUAGAAAAUGUAAAAACAGUAUUGGUUAAUAAUGAUUUAACAAUUGACGAUAUGGAUCCGAAUGAAUUUCUUCGUGUAGUGAACGCUUUUGAUAUGCCCAAUUGGAAUUAUUCUAAUGAAAAAAAGGGAAAGCUUAAUCCCCUAAAGAAAAUAAACCCUUCAAAAGGAUGCAUUAAUAUCGAAAGAUUUGAUCUAGUUUAUCAAAGGUUAAAACGAUGGCCAGGAUAUUUAAAACAAACCACAAGUUUUAAUAAAAUUGAUAAUAAGUUACCAACGAUAAAAGAUCUUCGUGGAAGGACUGGUCAAAUGUUUAACAUUUUUGGUAUGUUAACUUUAUCAAAAGAAGGAAUAUAUUGUUUAGAAGACAAAGAUGACAUUUUGAAAUUAGAUUUAUCAGAAUGUGUAAGUAACUUUGUUAUAGUUAAAGGACAAUAUUGUGAUGGUCAAAUAUUUAAAGUAGUUAAUAUGGAAAAUCCGCCAUUAGAAUGUGCUGAUGAUACAAGGAGAGAAUUUGGUCGUAUUGAUUUCUUGGGAGUUUCAGCCUCUAGAGAAGAUAGAGAAGAUGAAAUGAUUAAAAAGUGUGAAAUUUCAUGGAAACAUUUAUUCUUUGCAAUAAUAUCUGACGUUUGGUUAGAUAAACCUGAAACUCUGAAAAAUCUAAGAAAAAUGUUACGAGGUUAUCAACGUGUAAAAAUAUUUCCUUUCGUUUUCAUCUUUAUUGGAAAUUUUUUAUCCGAAUCAUUUUUAUAUUCGGACGAAUGUUCUGUGAAAUAUCGAGCGGCAUUUGAUAAAUUAGGAGCUCUCAUCGCAGAAUUUCCUUCCAUAGCAAAGUCUUCUCAUUUUAUCUUUGUACCAGGUAAUAAUGAUUUUAAUUUCAAUGGUAUAUUACCACAAAGACAAAUAUCAGAUUUAUAUACUGCUCGAUUAAGACGAAAAUUACCCAAUUCUGUGUUUGCAAGUAAUCCUUGCAGGAUUAAAUAUUGUAGUCAGGAAUUAGUGGUUUUCCGCGAAGAUAUAAUUUAUAAAUUCAAAAGGUAUAGCGUAGAACCAUCAAAACUUCAAAAUGAUCAAGAUAGUCUUGAAAAAAAAGUAAUAAAGAAUUUAUUACAACAAUCACAUUUAAAUCCUUUAUCGUCGUCUCUGAAUUCUAUUGCAUGGGAUUAUGAUCACACCCUUAGAUUGUAUCCAGUACCGGAUGUUUUAAUAUUAGCAGAUAAAUAUCAAAAUUAUUCUGGAUUUUCAUCAAGUGGAUAUAAAUGGAUGGUGUAUUAUCCAGCAUUAAAAAAAUCCGAACUUUGGUAA